AUGGUUGAAAAUAUGUCUGAUGGAAGUGAAUUUCAGAUACUUAAUUGUAAAGACAAUUCUAUAAACUUAACGGUCUUAUUUGCUGUUAACAUUUCACUUGAUAUAUCCCUUUAUAAAUUACAAAGCUUUGAAAAAAGAAUCUCAGUCCCUAAAACCUUAUAUUUUGACAAACAUCGUCCGAAUCACCUAGCACAAUCACAAUGUCCUGAGUCAGUGGUGUACCACACAGGUGGAUCUACGAGGAGGGAGGGGGCUUCCGGACUGAAGAACCCCUCCCCCUCCCAAAAUGGGUUCAAUUUUGAGGAACUUUCAAAUAAGGGAACAAAGAGGGAAUGGGUAGAUAAAGCAAUUAUAAUUGUAUAUGCCAUAGGUGAAGAACCUUUUAUUAUCAUUAGAGGCCGCAUCAAGGACAGAGGUUCUUGUUCUUACGUGAGAGGCCUCUGGUUUGGGUCAAGCAGAACGAUCCCAGAAAGAACAAGGAGCUUUCUCGAGGAACUAGGUGUUGAUGUUGGGGAGCUCGCGACUAUUUUCCAACUUUCAAAAUCUGUUGGAGCUUCACUUAACUGAUGCUUUUGAUGAUAAUUCUCCUGAAAAUUUUGCCUCACUUCUACAUAAUAUAUUUUUAGAAAGUGACUUGGUAAAAUUACGGAAACUUCAUUUAGAACAGAAUGAAAUAAAGUCAUUUAAAGACCACAUGCUGUUCUGUACAUUACAGAACUUGAUGGAUUUGCAUUUAGGUGACAACAAAUUGGAACAUAUCAAAUUUAAAAUCAAUUGCCUCCCUCAUCUCAGGUUUCUAGAUCUUGAGAGAAAUUCUAUUGUUUACCUUAAUAAGGAUGAACUAUCUGAGCUAGACAUGUUGCCCCUUCGGGGACAGAAUUUAACUAUAGAUCUAUCUGAAAAUCCAUUCUCUUGUGGCUAUCAAAUCGAAGAAUUCUUUUCAUGGUUGAAUACGACUCUUGUUAACGUACGUAACAAAAACAAGCUUAAAUGCAAACAUGACCCUAAAAACAGUGAUGAACCUCUCUUUUUAAAUUUGGUGGGUCAGUCUUGUCAUUUAAAGCGAAGUGUGGCUGAUGAUACUCAGGAAUCAAAUUCAACUGUUACUUUUCUUUCUCUUAUCAUAGUUGCUAUCACUUUAUUGCUCAUUUAUACAAACAGGGAAGUUAUUAAAAACAAGCUUCUUCCAGUUGUACUGUCUCUUUCUCAAAAAGUACAUUAUACCACUAUUGGUAAAAAUGAAGCCCAUGAAAUGGAUGUUUGACUUUAAUUUGAAAUAUGAAAUAGUUUUAAUUUAGAUAUUGAAACAUUUAAUUUGUAAAUAUUUAGAGAUAACUCUUUAUGCUUCUCCCCUUUUUUACUGCCAUACCCUGUCUCUAGUCAUUUCAAAAAUAUUUUAUUCAAUGAAAAUUUCCUUUUCCUAUGUUUUUCUUAAUUAAUAUUUAUAACCACCAUCAGAACUGAUAGUUAUAAAUUUCUUGUGAAUAUUUAUGAAAUUAAGUAAUAUGUGGUUAUAAUAGUUUUAAGGCUCUAUUAGUUCCAAACUCAAUUUUUUUUUUUUUUUUUUUUUAACAUCCAACUGUUAUAUGCUUAAAAAUAAAAGUUGUUUUGUUCUU